AUGGGCCGGUUUCGAUGUUCCAGUCUUUUUCAUCCCAAAAAAAUGAUUAAAUCCCUAGGCAACAAAAUCCAGUACUACUACAAGCUUCAUCCUGUGCUGAUGUUCUUGAUUUCUUUAUCAAUUGGGAUCACAAUUCUUGUUUUGUUAUCUUUAUAUGAAAGCAAGUAUAGAAUGACUAGCAAUUAUAAUGGUAUGUAUAAAGUGGAUUCUGGUUCUUCUGAAUCAUAUCCCUUUGCUAGGUUGAUGAAUCUUGUGAUGGUUGCUGGGCAUUCUGUUUAUACUAGUAGUAGUUGUGAGAAGGUUGAUAAGGACGAUGCUUGGUUUUUGGAAUCUUAUCAGAAGCAUAAGGGUCAAGCUGCUACUUUUGUGAGUCAUAUAGAGAAGGGAGUCGAGAUUACAGGGAAAGAUAAUGCAGCAUUGCUGUUGUUUAGUGGAGGUGAGACGCGGAAAGAUGCCGGUCCGAGGAGUGAGGCACAGAGUUAUUGGACUGUUGCUGAGUCCAAAGGAUGGUUUGGCAAGCAAGAUGAAGUUAGAUGGAGGGCACUUACAGAAGAACAUGCAAGGGACAGCUUUGAGAAUCUUCUCUUUAGCGUGUGCCGGUUCAGGGAGCUCACAGGCACUUAUCCACUUAAUAUAACUGUUGUUGGAUAUGAUUUCAAGGAGGAGAGAUUUAUGCAUCUGCAUCGCUCUGCAAUUAGGUUUCCAGACACAAGGUUCUUUUACUCGGGCACACCCUCUUCACAAACUUCAAGGGAAGCUGCUUUGAAAGGUGAAGCAUUGGUUAGAACACAAUUCCAGGACGAUCCUUACGGAUGUUUAGGUCCACUUCGUCGUAAAAAGUUUGGGCGGGAUCCUUUUCAUCGGUCAAUUCCUUAUCCUAAUGGCUGUCCUGAAAUUGAAGGACUGUUUAGAUACUGUGGAAGAACACCAUAUUCUGGUCCCCUUCCUUGGGCCUAGCAUACCAAGCUUUUCUUCAUAUGUAUAAAUUGAUAGGACUAGCCAGGACAAAUACGAAGAUGUCACUAGUAGUUACCAUAGAGUUUUGCCGAAAUAGAAAAAUAUGAUGCCAUGAGAUACAUGACUUAGUGGCGCAGCGAAAGCUGUGUAAGACUGUUGCUAAGUGGCAUGUUAAUUUAACUCAGCUUAAUUAAUAGCAUUUUACAAUAUUUGUAACCAA